AUGUCUAAUUUUAAAUUUUCAGCCUAUGCACUCAUAAACUGUCUAUUAAAGAGAAAGCAUAUUAUUGUUUUAAUUAAUACGAUUGUCAUUUUAUGUUUUAGUAAAAAUAUAACACACCAUUUUUAUAACAAUGCAAAAAGUUGCUUAAAUUUAUACUAUUAUUAUCCACAUACGGAAUAUGGUCAAAAUUAUGGUAACAAUGAAGUAACUAAAUCUACUUAUCAAUUAUUGAAAUGUUUUUUAGGUUAUUCUAAGGAAGAAAAUGGAUACAGUUUUAUGCAAAUAAAUAAUAUUGCUAAUCUCUUAGACAUUUCAAAUGAAAAUGACGAAAAUUCGAUAAGUGUUGAGGUAAAUAAUGAUGAUUUCUUAAAAAAUAUCGCAAUUCGUCAAAAAACUUUAUUAGCAUCUAGUAAUUAUAUUCAAAAUAGACUUGUUAAAAAGCGAACUUUAUUUUCAUUAGCGAAAAGCCGCAAAAAAAAAAAGAAUAAAUCGUUGAAAAAAAAAAACAAAGACAAAAAAAAGAAAAAAAAAAAAGAAAAAAAAGAAAAAAAAAAAAACAAAAAAAGAAAGAGAAAAAUAAAACAUGCAGAUGAUGAUGAACCCGAAUAUUAUAAAAAAAAAAGAAAAAAAUAUAUAGACGAUGAUGAUGAUGAUGAUGAUAAUUAUAAAAAAAGACGAAAAUAUGUAGAUGAUGAAGAUGAUUAUAGGAGAAAACGAAAUAUUAAAAAACACAAGAAAAAAAAUAAAAAAUAUGACGAAAUAGAUGAUUAUGAUUACGAUUAUGAUUAUGACUAUGAUUACCCCUCCGAUAGUGAUGAUUCCCAUGAAAAGAUUAAAUCGAAAAAGAAAAAAAAAAAGAAAAAGAAAAAUGAUGACGAUGAUACAAAUAAAGACAAUUUAAAAGAAAAAAAACAAGAACUUGAAGAAGUUAAUAAAGUUGUUCACGAAUUGGAAGAAAAGAAAGAUAUUCUCGAAAAUGCGGAAAAACACAUGGUAGCAUUAUUAACAUCUAUACAUUCAUUGGAGGCAUCAUCAUAG